CAUCCACUCAAUGCUGUUUCUGUUUUCCCUUCUACUAGCUAUCACCUUUUUCCACUAACUUAUAUCACCUUUCACAUCUCUAUCUCUAUCUCUCUAUGCCUCUCACUAUCACUCACUCAUCUUAAUUUCCUCUCUUUCAAUUAGGGUUUCUUCUCUUAGCUUAGACUACUUUCUCUCUUGGAGAGAAAAAAAAGGAGUUCUGAAGGAUAAAAGUGAAUAUAAGUUAAGAAAAAUGGCAUCAUCAUCCAGCUCAUACAAUUCACCUUGUGCCGCCUGCAAAUUUUUGAGGAGAAAAUGCAUGCCAGGAUGCAUUUUUGCACCUUACUUUCCACCAGAAGAGCCACAAAAAUUUGCAAACGUGCACAAAAUAUUUGGUGCUAGCAAUGUCACAAAGCUUCUCAACGAACUCCUUCCACACCAAAGAGAGGAUGCAGUGAACUCACUUGCCUACGAAGCCGAAGCACGAGUGAGGGAUCCAGUUUAUGGCUGUGUAGGUGCUAUUUCUUUUCUUCAAAGACAGGUUCAGAGGCUCCAAAAGGAGCUUGAUGCUGCUAACACCGAUCUCCUUCGCUAUUCUCUUACUGAUAUCCCCCCACCUCCACCGCCGUCAUCUCUUCCUGUGCCACCGGGGAUGGUGUCAGUUCAGCAAAUGCCACAAAGACAGUUUAGUGGAAGUACUUAUUCUUCUUUUCCUUAUUCUCUUCCUUGGACUGAUAAUUCAUCAGAGGACAUGAGUGAGGGUGGAGGAGGAGGAAAUCAAUUGUGAAUUAAGUUUAGUAUAUAACCCAUCUAGGGUUUAUACAUUUUGAGAUAUGUUUUGCAAUUUUCUUAUGGCGUGAUGAUAUUAUAUAUGAAUCUAUUCUGGACUCUGGCUAUAAAUAUGUAGCCUUAAUUAUUGGACUCUUUUAUCUAGGUGAUUGAAGAUCUACCGUAUGGUUAAUAAAGUUUAUUUG